AUGUCAAACUAUGCGAAAGCUAUGAAGGAAUUUCUAUCUAAGAAGAGAAGGUUUGGGGAAUUUGAAACUGCAGCCCUGAGUACAGAGUGUAGCCUUUUUUCUCAGAACAAGUUGCCUCCUAAGUUGAAGGAUCCAAAAAGUUUCAUCAUACCUUACAAUAUUGGGGAACCCUAUUAUGGUAAGGCUUUGUACGAUUUGGGAUCGAGUAUCAACAUUAUGCCUACAUCUGUGUUUAGACAAUUAGGUAUUGGUAAGGCCAGACAGACUACAAUUACACUCCAGUGUGUGGAUCGAUAUUUGGCAUACCCAGAAGGAAAGAUCGAUGAUGUCUUGGUACGUGUUGAUAAAUUCAUAUUUCCUACUGAUAUCUUAGAUUAA